CGAAAGUUCCUCUGAUAAAAUGAAUAAAACCGGACAUAGCGCCUGUCAUCCCGGAAGUUGACUUCUGCCCCGUUCAAACAAAAACACUUGUGCUUCGUGUCGGGUUACUGUCUCUCGUCCUUUUGUGGUUCAUUGAAAUUUGGCGGGGCAAUCUGACUGCACAGAGAAAGCCGGUUGUACCCAUCUAGACCACUAUGAAGAGGUCCGCCAGGCCUCCCUUUGGCACAUCUGCUGGGUUUCGGCCUCCGUCAAGCCUGGCGGGUAGUCGCGUGGGCAGCUUCCGUGGCCUGGGGAGAUCGGACCUGAUGUCGUCAACGGCGCGAUCUCCAGCAACGCCUGGCCAGGUGACCAGUAGUGCGGCUGUCAUCAGUAGGAGCAGACACUACCUCAGCCGCAGCCAGGAGCACCUGGCAGACGAUCCAGCCGCUCCGUCCAGGAGGGUUCCAGCCAGGCCAAAGUCAAGUCUGGAGGAAACUGACACUCCUGAAGUAGGCCUUGCCACCUCGGCAGCGCCCAGGAAAACCAGCAGCUCAUCAAACGCCUCCUCAACUUCAGCAAAGGACAGUGGGUCCCGCGAGAAAAAUGGCCCCGCCCGAGAAAAUGGCGGCAGCAAGGACAAGACAGUCACAACGAAGGAAAACAACAACAAGGAGAAGACCACUGCGGCAAAGGAAACAGCAGCAAAAACAGAAGCCUCCAAGGAGAAACCAACCAAGGAGAAAACCAAGUCAGACAGCGGCUCCAGAAGACUUUCAAAAGACAAGACCGGAGCUUCCAAGUCGCGUUCCUGCGACAAGAGGGUCCAGCCGGUGGCCCCGACACGCGUUUCCUCGGGGAGGGAUAACGAGGUUCCGUCCCGCGUGGUGCCGUCGCGGAUCGAUAUGGACGUGCUGAAGGAAGAGCUGCGUCAGGUCCGCCUGCUGCUGGAACGACAGGUCGAGCAGGGCCCCGCCACCAGCGGGGAGGAGCGCAACAGCGUACACGAGACCCUCGUGAAGAUGAUCGAACAGCUACAACAGCAGAACCAGACCAUCAGCCAGGAACUCACAGGACUCCGGGGAGAGAACCGUCUCCUGAGGGAGAGACUGAGUGCCUUGGGUCUGUCACUGGACCAGAAGACUGAUGCAGAAAAGGAGUUGUUGUUGUUGCAACAAGGCACCACAGGUGCUGAGGCCUCCUCCAUGAUGAGCGUGGUCGAGGGUGCACCUGCAGCACCUGGGGGGCCUUUGAGUGCUUCCAGUUCAUCACCAGGCUCCAUGGAGGACCUCCUGCAGGGUGAUGUGGAGGCUAACCUGAGCGGCGGGAGGAGCGACACGCCCGACAACCUGAGCCAGGACUCGGGGGACCUGCUGGGCAGCGGGAGUAUCCGGGACUGCACCACCGGCAGCGAGGUGUCCAUGGUCGACCUGCAGGAGAGGAUCAUCGCCAUGGAGGAGAACCAGCAGAGCGUGAGCGAGGAACUGGAGGCUACCAUUCAGGAGCUGACUGAACAACAGAUGACUGUUGAGGAAAUUUCCUCUGAGAACGAACAACUCCAGAAGGAAAACGCUGUCAUCAUGGAGUCCCUUCGCCAGCAGACGGAGCGGCUGGAACAGAGCCGAGCAGAGGUGGAGGAACUGAAGACUCUCCUAGCCCAAUCGCAGAAGCAACCAAAGCUGGAGAAGUCCACCUCCACAUCUCACCUCAGUGCUCCUGCUAGUCCCAUCAUCGGGGAGGCCAUGAGGCGCGUACGACGAUCCAGCUCAUCCAGCUCGGAAAGAGGAAAGGACGGGCAAGCUACAGCAGGCACGGAUGCCGCAACGAUGCCGUCGGACAUUCCUGAAGCUCACGACGUGACAGACAGCACGAUAGGAAACGCACAGGUGGAGGCAGAACGUGCGAAGUCGCGGUGUGCGGAGCUGGAACGGUCGCUUGGGAAGAAGAGCAGGGAGCUGGCAAGGCUGGAGGACAGGGUACAGAAGCUGGAGGCUGACAGGACAUGUGCUAAUGAUGACAUCAGAGACCUGAAGUUCCAGCUGGAUCAUAUGACAGCUGAAGUUAGAAUGAAGGAUGAUGAGAUCUCUGGUCUGCGUGAGUCAGCAGAAGAGCUUGAGCGAGCGGCGCAGAGUCACGUCUCCGAAAAACGACAAGAUUCCAUCCUCAUCUCGGAGCUGCAGGGGGCCAUCAAAAGCCUCAAGCAACAAAAAGCUGAUCUUGAGCUGGAGUUGACGAGCGCCCAGCGACAGCGCGAGAACGACGCGGAGGAGUGGCGACAGUUCCAGGCGGACCUGCAGACGGCGGUCGUCAUCGCUAACGACAUGAGAACGGAGGCUCAGGAGGAGCUGCUUCAGCUGAAGAAGGACUAUAAUGAGCUGAAACAGAGACUGCACAAUGUGCAUGCUAGUCCUGGUGCCAGUGGUGAGACCACACCCAAACAGAAGGACCCACAGAUCCAGGGCAGGGUACAGGACUACCUGGCCUCUGUGGAGAAGGACUUGUCAGCUCUAAGACAGGGAGCAGGAGUGAAGAGACCAGAUAGUGCCUCCCCCAUCAAUGUGAAAAGUCUGGUCAAGUCAUUCAAUGUGGCAUCACAGAGUCCACCAUCUCCCACGGCAACGGUGCCACCCUCACCAGCCUCACCACUUACACUGCACGGAGUCACACUCAGUCCUAAAGAGGAGGAGGAGGAGAAGAACCCAGCCUCAACAGCCAAUCCGCAGUGGCGACACAGCCAGCCCAACCCGUCCUUACCACGGCUGCUGGAGGACGAGGCUGACUCUCCGCAGGGGAAGGUCACGUCACCGGGUGGGGAGGGGGGCAGGAGGAGCAGUGUGCCCACCAUUCCUGAAUUAGAAGCCCUGAAAUCCCCAGAAUCACCACCCACCAGUAAGGAUCAGACAGCAGCCCAGCAGCCUGCGGUUGGUCAGGAGUCUCGGAGCCCAGUGGCGAGGGGAAUCCUGAAGAAGAAGGAAGUAGCAAGGGCAGUUCCUGCUCCUACCUCGCCAGCUAAUGGCAGUGACAGGAGAGACUCCAUCAGUGCCAGGGAUCCCCUGGCAGCUCUAGUGAAGAGGGAGAGGGGAGGGUCCAAGAGGAACGCACUGCUGAAAUGGUGUCAGAGGAAGACACAGGGAUACACGGGCAUAGACGUCACCAACUUCAGCACCAGUUGGAACGAUGGUCUGUCUUUCUGUGCACUUCUCCACUCCUACCUGCCGGAAAAGGUGCCGUUCUCUGAGCUAACAGCACAGAACAAGAGGAAAAACUUCACAACAGCCUUCCAAGCAGGAGAGAGUGUUGGAAUUCCCACAAUGCUGAGUGCGGAUGAGCUGGUACAGACAGAGCGACCUGACUGGCAGGCGAUCAUGGCCUACGUGACGGCUAUCUACGCAAAAUUUGAAAACGUGUGACACCUUGUAUUCUUCUCCUACUCUCAAGAGCCUCACAGGAUGUCAAUUAAGAUCUUUGCUGAUUCCAAAAAUAGGAUUUUUACCAACCUGAUGAAAUUAUUCACUGAAAUACGAUUCUCAUUGGCUCAAUUUUUACAAACUUGUCUGGGAAGUAUGACAACAGUACCUCAAAAUACUGCAGUGUCGAUAAAAACGGCCAAUGACAAUGUUGAUCCUCUUUUACAAUUGUGAUUCCAAAGACUGCUCUUUUUUCUAUAAGUGAUACUACAUGUUGAGACCAUAUAGUUAUCAGGUUUAUUGUAUUGCUGUUGAAGGGUUUUGUUAGCCUGGGUACCAUCCUAUUUCUACCGGGGCUCCGGUAGAAAUAUGAUGGUACCCAGGCUAGGGGUUUGUAUAUGUGUGUAUUUUAGUUCAGGCUUUUAUGUAUGUGUGCAUUUUGGUGCAGCAUCCACUGCAUACUUGUCUCGUCUGUUUGGUCUAUUUCUGUUGCUUUCAUUAUUUUAUGUUUAUUUGACAAUACAGAGGUACAAGCCAUAAGGGGUGGUGGCUGUUUGGAAUGCCAUGUAAGUGUUGUUGUAAAGAUUAUGAGGAAAAACCUACAUGUAUUUGAUAUACUAUAAUUCUGACUGAAGUUGCAUUCCUUUGGUUUGUUUGUGUUCUGUCUUCCCAGGAAUUAUGUUGCAUUUUUCCAAUGAGAUUUUCUUAUCUCUUUCAAGAAGUGAAAUUAUGGUUUUGAAGAUUUGUUGCAUCUUCAAGGAAACACUUUUAUUUAUCAGUGAUCAGUGUGGAAGUUUAUUUAUGUUUAAUAUGUAUAUAUUAUGUGGUAGUGUACAACAGAAUUAUGCAAAAGAAACUGAGAUUUUAGUGUAGGUAAACAAAAGAGAAGACGUUACUUUCAUCAUAAGUGAUAUGAAUUCUAUUGGAAGAAGUCACUUAUUACAACAAUUUCUAGAUGAUCUUUAUGACUUGGCUAUAUAAGAUAUACUGCAUAAUG